GUGUCAACAUCAACAUCGGAGAACACAGAUAAAUCGAGAUUUUACCAUUCACGCUGCUGCAACUUAAAAAAUUCCUGCCUUGUCAAAUGGAAAGGGUCCCUGCCGUGACGUGGCCGAGAGGGAUGCACUGAGUGCAGGUGCAUUUGAAGCUCUCUUAUGAACAGAAAAAUGAAGAGAAGGGUCAGUGGCCUGCUAAUAGGCAUUGCUUUCAUCGGAAUAAUCGUCCUGCUUGUAAUGACCUUUUCGGACGGAAGGCAUUCCGAGUAUGUCGCCAAAGCUAUCACCCUGAAACACGAUGUAGAUGAACCACACGCGGAAAUCGCAAGGCUUAAAAGACAGUUAGCCCUUCUGAAAAAGAAAGGCUGUAAUCUAGAAGAAGACUUAAUUAGCCUGCCAGUUAUCUUUGCUGUGACUCCGACGUACGCUCGGCCUGAGCAGAAGGCGGAACUAACAAGACUAUAUCAAACCCUCUUAUUGGUUCCAAAUUUGCACUGGGUAAUUGUUGAGGACGCAGAGGCGCCAACACCACUUGUUAAAAAUCUGCUGGCUUCCAGCGGCCUUUCGCACACUCACCUCCACGCACACACUCCACCAGCGCAAAAACUGAAAGCAAAAGAUCCUCACUGGGCCAAACCCCGAGGAGUUCUCCAACGAAAUACGGCCCUCGAGUGGCUUCGUAGCGACGGACCUCUGAAAGUUGCCCCUAUUAACCCUGAUGGAGAACCCUUAGGGGUUGUUUACUUUGCCGACGAUGACAACUCGUACAGCAUUCGACUCUUCGAGGAAAUGAGAUAUGUGCAAAACGUCGGAGUCUGGCCUGUGGGUCUGGUAGGAGGACUUAUGGUUGAAAGGCCACUGCCCUCUUCUGAUGGCCGAGGCGUCGCGUCCUUCAACGCAGGCUACAAACCUGAACGGCCCUUUCCUAUUGACAUGGCUGGCUUUGCCAUCAACCUUGCCACACUCCGUAAUCACCCUGAUGCAAAGUUCCUCUAUGAAGUUCAACCAGGCUAUCAAGAGAGCCAAUUGCUCAAGCAGCUAACUACAAAGCAAGAACUAGAGGUGCUUGCCGAUAACUGCACAAAGGUGUAUGUAUGGCACACAAGGACAGACAAACCCAAGAUGCGAGAAGAACUGCAGUGGAAGGCGCAGGGUCGCCCGCCAUCAAAUCAAGACAUUGAAGUUUAAUUUUUCACAACUUUCUACUAUACACAUCAUAAUUCUGUGGUGCCACCCUCGACUGAACACAAUUUUAAUGACUCUCUAUACUUCAGUAUUCCUGUAUCAAGAUUCUUAAUUUUAGACUUUUAUGUUUAAAAAAAUGUUGAAAGAUGACUCUAAUAUAUUAUAUUCCGAUUUCCGAUAUAUAUUCUCUAUUGAAAUAAAAUGGCAAUAAUCAUUGAUACAUUAUUAUUCUGUUUUGGUUUUAG